AAUUUGCUUACGGGUAUAAGCCAAAGAUUCGCCAUUACGCGGCGGCAAACGCAUUAAAUCGGCAUAUUCUCUCUCAAUCCUCAUAUCCCCUGAUAAUUGGUCCUUUUCCUCUCUCUAGAUUGCUACCACACUCUCUCUCUCUACGCUGAUUCCCUCUUCCGUCAUUCCCUUCUACUCAGAGGCCCAAUCUCUCUCCUCCGAUCGAACUCCUGGAGUCUUUUAACCAUCAAUUGCAGUUUGAUUCAUUGCUCAAUCUCAUGCCUUUUCCAUGGCUUCCUCCAUCUCCAUGACCACCACCACCACCACCACAGGCCUUCAAACCUUCUUUUCUUCUCCAUUACCGAACAAAAAUGCGAGAGCUGAAGCCCAUUUCAUCACUUCUCGCCUUUCCUGUCGUCCCCGCAAAUGUGAGUUUGAGAGCAAAAGAAGACUGCCCAAUUCUCCUUUUCUUUCUCUAAAACCUACCUCUCUUCGCAAUUGCCUGAAUUUCAAGACAUGGGUUUCGACUGUUUCGGUUGAGCAUUCGUCGGAUACUCCCACUCCAGAGAGUAAAUUAGAGACAGAACUAGCCCGCUUAGUGGCUCUUCGCGCUGUUUUGUCGCAAGCCAAUGGCAUGAGUGAGAAAAUUGCAGUGCUUGAUAAAGAACCCAGAGUGAAAAAUUUCUUUUACAAUAACACCAACAUUAAUGGUGGGGUUUUUGCUUCAUUGAAGCUUGAUCAGUCUGAGCUUUAUCUCCUCAAAUGCCUCGUAGCAUCAGGACAAGGGCAUGUUCUUCAGAUUGACCCAUUUUGGCUUGAUGAAGGUAUUGGGGGCUUCGAUUUAGAGAGAGAAAAUGGCUCCUCAAAAGGCUAUGGGAGCUCUCUAAAGAGUGCUUUCUAUGUUCUCUUGGGGAUGAUUGAGAAAUUUGAAGCUAAUGGGAUUCAUAAUGGAGAAAAUCACUUCGGAAAGGGAUUCAUUGGGGGAGAGGAUGAAGCUAUUAAUGAUGGGUUUCGUGGGGUGUUGAGGAGACUACUUAGGACACUUGCAGAUAUCGAGAAUUUCUAUGACUGCAUUGGAGGAAUAAUUGGAUACCAGCUUGCUGUUUUGGAACUACUAUUGACAUCAAAAUCAGGGAAUACACCAAGCAUAGAGGAAUUGAGAUGUGAAUACAAGGAAUUUCAUGUUCCAUUUGGAUCGGAUCUUUCAGAAGAUGCCAACUAUGCAUCUCAAGCAGCCCUGUGGGGACUGGAGGGUUUGCCUGAACUGGGUGAAAUCUAUCCAUUGGGAGGCUCUGGUGAUAGGCUUGGUUUAGUUGACCCUGACUCGGGCGAAUUUCUCCCUGCUGCAAUGCUCCCUUUUUGUGGGCGAACUUUGUUGGAUGGUCUUGUUAGAGAUCUCCAGGCAAGAGAGUUCCUCCAUUUCAAGCUAUUUGGAAAUCAAUGCAUCACCCCUGUAGCAAUUAUGACAAGUUCAAUAAAGAAAAAUCAUGAACUCAUUACCUCAUUAUGUGAGACAAAGGGAUGGUUUGGAAGAGGUCAAAAAAAUUUUCGGCUUUUUGAGCAGCCUCUUGUGCCAACGGUUGGUGCUGUUGAUGGACAAUGGUUGAUUAGCAAGCCAUUGAGUUUGGUACUUAAACCUGGUGGUCAUGGUGUAAUAUGGAAACUUGCAUGUGACCUAGGAAUCUUUGACUGGCUUUACAGUCACAGGAGAAAAGGUGCAACCGUUCGGCAAGUCAGUAAUGUGGUGGCUGCUACUGAUGUGACCCUUCUAGCAUUGGCUGGCAUUGGUCAUCACCAUGGAAAGAAAAUGGGGUUUGCAUCUUGUAAACGUAACCCUGGUGCUACUGAAGGAAUCAAUGUUCUCAUUGAGAAGAAAAGAAUAGAUGGCCACUGGAUGUAUGGUGUGACAUGCAUUGAAUACACGGAGUUUGACAAGUUGUCAAAUGUUAAGGCUCCUGGUUCACCUGAUGGUUCACAGGCAAUGUACCCAGCCAAUACAAAUGUUCUAUAUGUUGAUUUAGUUGCUGUUGAGGAACUUGGAUCAAAUAAAGACCACGGAUGCUUGCCAGGAAUGGUUUUAAAUCUUAAAAAGCCUAUUGUUUAUGAAGAUCAAUUUGGAGUAAAGCAUAGCAUUUUUGGGGGUCGACUUGAAUGCACGAUGCAAAGUAUAGCUGAUCACAUGUUGAAUACUUUUCCAUCUAGAAGUUAUAUUGAUGUACAAGGUACAGAGGACGAGUUAGAUACAUUCAUUGUCUACAAUGAAAGGAAAAAGGUUACAUCUUCUGCAAAAAGGAAAAGGAGGCUUUCAGACCAGUCUUUGCAUCAGACUCCUGAUGGGGCUUUCUUGGAUGUGAUGAGGAAUGCAUAUGACCUUCUUUCUCCUUGUAAUAUAGAAAUUCCUAAGAUUGAAGAUAAUUCUCAUUACAUCCAUUCUGUACCACCAUUCAUUGUUCUACUCCAUCCAGCUCUGGGUCCUCUUUGGGAGGUGACUAGGCAAAAGUUCCAUGGGGGUCAAAUUUCAAAAGGUUCUGAGCUACAAAUAGAGCUCACGGAGUUUUCUUGGAGAAAUGUUGAGCUUAAUGGAAGCCUGAUUAUUGUUGCUGAGAAUGUUCUGGGAUCAGUUCAGACCGAUGAAAAUGGCGACCCAUUGAUACAUUAUGGAUAUAGAUGUGGAAGGUGCUUAUUAGAGAAUAUAAUGAUAAUCAACAAAGGAAUUGAUUGGAACUGUCCUGGGAAUACUUAUUGGAAGCAUGAAGUUCAGCGAUUUGAGUGCUUAAAGGUUGUACUGCAUGGUAAUGCAGAACUUGAGGCAAAGGAUGUAACUAUUGAGGGUAAUCACACUUUUGAAGUUCCCAAUGGUUACAGGCUACAAAUUACUGGUGGAAAUGCAGGUCUAUCAUGCAAAAUGAUUCCCAUUCAAACAGAAAUGAUGGACACUGGAAGUUGGUUCUGGAAAUACGGUUUGAAGGAUUCACAUAUUCACCUUGAAAUGGUUCGGUUGUAACAAAGGCUGACCAAACCCCGACCUUGAAGGCUUGAGGAGUGUAAAUAGAGAAGAUUGUAGAGCAUUUUCUUACAUUGAAGACCAUUUUCUCAUGGCGACUCUGGCUGCCCCAACUCGAGAAUAGUUGAACUCAAGUUCAACUCCUUGUAUGUAAUACCUCACAAUUUAGUCUCUUAACUUGUAUGUCCUUUUCCAUUUUUGAUAUGUAUUGAUAUUUAUACACCCCAUUAAUGUAUAUCUGUAUUUUAUCAUAAGCUGGUUAGUUGAAUUAUUUGCUGUAAACCAAUGGAACUGUGAAAAAUCUCA